AUGGUACGCUAUAAAUGCAACGAAUGCUUGAAAACAUUUGAUCUGAAACGGUAUCUGACGAAACAUGAAUUACGGAUGCAUACAAAUAAAUCAAGAUCAGAAGAAUCGAAAAGAUCAGUGGAACCAUUGAAAUGUAGCAUGUGUGAUAAGGUAUUUCCACGUCUUUCUCAUCUACAACGUCAUCAAAUGACUCAUCUAAAUGUUCGAGAUUAUUCUUGUGAUUACUGUGAUGAGAAGUUUGUUCAAAAAGCACAUUUGACCCGACAUCUCUCCAGAAAACAUUCCAAUGAAUCUGGAGUUGAAGUGAAUUGGAUAGCAUGUGAUAAAUGUGGAAAUUUAUUCAAAACCACAUAUGAAAUGAAAAUUCAUCGACGGACAGUACAUGAACUUCAUCGAUGCAAAAGAUGUAGAGAAAUCAUAGAAUCGGGAAAUGAUGGUCUACGACAACACUACAUCAGAUGUAGAGAUAGAGAAAAGAUGUGUGAACAUUGCGGAGCUUCAUUUUCUCGUAAAGCAGAUCUGACAGCUCAUCAAACAUCUUGCCUGAAAAAGGUUGCAUUCGUUUGUAUUCCUUGUGAAUCAUUUUUCAAGCAGCGAGUAGAGCUAGAUCGUCAUAUUAAAAAACUGCAUUUUCGUUCUGUUAAAUGUGAAAAAUGCGAACAUAUUAGUGAAUCUCCUGUGCAACAUUCGAGGCAUUCGUUGGAAUGUCUUAAAAUAAAUAUAUGCGGCUACUGUAACGUAGAGAAUCCAGAUAAAGAUCACGUUGCGGAGUUUCAUUGGAAACGGCUGAAACGAGCAGUUUCCAGAAGAGUGGCUGAAAAAAUGAUGAAGAAGAAAGAGAUGGUUCCGAGUACUUCAGAUUGUAUUGUGAAGACUGAAGAAGAUUCAGAAGAAGUUGAGGAAGAUUUUGAAGAAAGCACGAGUGGACAGAUGGAAACAGAAGUGGAGCCAGAUGGCAAUCAAGAAAUGAAGAAGAGAGAUAGUAAAGAAUUUGACGAUCCUUUAUUCAAUUUCUCUGAAGCUUCUACGUCUCAAUUAGACUUUUGUUCAACUGCAUUCACAGAAGAAGAUGAUUCACCUGAAGAAUAUCUGACAUUUUCAAUAUGUCCGAACGACACAGAUCUAUCAUUCCAUUUGCGUGGACGACUACCUGAGCAACUUGUUUCAUUAUUUCCCGAACUGGAGAAUACCUCUAUAAUCCUACUAAACUCGGUUGCUUUACCACGGUGCCGAAUGACAGUCCGAGUACCAGUAACCAUUCCGAAAUCAUGUGAUAAUGAAAUGGAAAUGAGAAAAUGGUUGGGGAAAUCUAUUAAUUUACAAGAAGAUUGA